AUGGAACUACAUCAUCAUUCAUGCGUGCUACCGUCGAACGCUCCAGCCUUGUCGGAGCCCGAUUCCUCCAUACCCAGCCGUGUCCUCCAGGAGCGCUCUGCGAACAAACGACACGGCUACCCUGAGGGCUCAACAUCAUGGAAACCCCCAUCGUCACCAACGGAGAAUAUCUACUCUCGUCAGCUGGGCAGCUACUUCGCUGGCAACAUUGCCACACAGCUCAGCGGCGAGAAGUCUGAGGCCCAGAUCGAGCAUGAGACCAGGCGGCUGAUGGCACUGUUGCGCCGGUGCGAGAAAUAUCAAAAGUAUCGUGACCGACAGCCACAGACAGCGAAAGAAAAGGAGCACAGAUGGCCCGACUAUCUCGAGGAAGCCUUCUUUAGAGGCUUGGUCCGAUGGCCGCCUAUGGGCCGGCGGAAACAGAUGCUCGAUGGACAGCUUCGAGGGCGGAAUGAGCUGGUUGCUAAUUCGAUUGAACGGGAUACUGGUGAGGAACGGACGAGGAAGCAGGUCUCGAGUCAUAUCCAGGUUCUCAAGAACAUGCUACAAGACCAACCGCAAAUCUUGGUAUAUAUGUCCACAGCGGACAUGGGUGCUAGGAGGAGCCGUCAUAGUAGCUCACACCUAAGCCACUUGCGGAGCCGACACUACUCUUCGUCCCAUUCGUCUAAGUACGAUUACGCUCAGGGCGGCUCGAGCAUGUACCAAGGCUUCGGGCAGCUACCUUCUUCCCUUGCGCUUGCAAAGAUUCAGUCCGGGCACGACGACCCGCCGUACACUGUUUCGUUGUUCGAAGUAUUCGUUGGAGUAUCCAACCGACGAGCUCACGACUUCACGCAACUCGCCGGUAAUGCGCGCCUCAGCGAUCUCAACGUCACCGACACCACAUCCUGGCACAAGCAAUACCCCGAGCUGAACUUCCAUCGCACGGAUGACCUCAAAGAUCGCCAAGUCCUCGUUUGUGACGCCUCGAUCAAGGUCAUGACGGCGGAACGGCCCGCGGACGCCGCACUCAGCAUUAACUUUGACCUCCGCUCGCAGGUCGACCUCUCCGUCUACGACGCGCUUGAAACUCGCACGCGCUUCUACGAAAGCGGCAAGCUAGCUGAUCAGUGGGACGGGCGCGUGAAGGUGGGCAAGGAGACACGUACGAAUUGCGAGUACUACCGCGAACACGGACUCAUGCGUGUCAAGUUUGGGUCGGGGUUCUGGGCGCAUCAGAUGCAGAGGCUAGGGCAUAUGCUGCAGACUGCGCAUGCACAGGAGGAGCAGACCGCGCGGAGCAGGAUCGAGGCCCUUGUUAGACGGGAUCUGCAGUACAUGACGGCUGCACAGGACAUCUACGGGAUCAGAGACGGAGAGGCGAAGUGCUUCUUGACCAUCCUCUGGCGGUUCAGCCAGACACGGAAUAGCCAUGAGGCAGGACGAAUGACCUGGCGCGUCGUCAAUUUCGGCGCGGGCCGCGAGCGCAGAUGGUGCAAAGAGGAGGAGCUGGAGGAGAUCAGGAAUGCGGAGGCGCUGCAGCAAGUAGUUAGCAGCACAGCUUCCGCUGCGGUCUGUCUGCCUACGUCGGCCAGCUCGAUAUAUCCGUCUCUGCCGCUGGAAUACCACCACCAACCGUUCGGCCAACACAACCCACCUCCUCCGCUCGAUCUCGACACCCUCGCAAUGGAGUCCAUCGGGGCAGCAGACUUCUCAGUCCCGAACUCAGCAACAGCGCCCAGUCUCGCGACCGACUACUCACAGGCGCAUUCCCUGCCCUCGCUCUCCCACAGCCAGGACACAGCCGUCUCACACCAGUCGCAGCCCUUCCACGACCCAAACGACUUCGACUUCAACGGCGGACACAUCACCAUCUCCGGCUGCCUCGAGCCGGCCAUCAAUCUCGGCGCGUACGAGGCGUAUUCGCACGCGCAACACCCUAUCUCUCUGCACGCCAUCGCUGGCCUCGAGCACGAUCCGCACGCAGACCCCUCCUUUAGCGAUCUCGCCAUGGCGGUCUCGAUGCCGCCGGGCUGCUAUGCGACGAAGCCGAGCUGGCACCACGCAAAUCUCAUCUCGCAUUUGGAAAGCGCGGCGGAGCAGUAUGGCGAUUUUGUGGGGCACGCGCCGACGAGCCAUGCGGGUGAUCUAGCUGGGCACGGCGUGUUGCACGAUGGGCAGAUGGGCGUGGGCGGGCUGUGGAAGCUGCAGAGUGCGUUUGGGGAGGAUACGGGUGUUGGGGCUGAUCGGAGGGACGAGGGCGAGGAGAGGUAUAGGGGGUACUGA